AUGCUUGCUGGAUCAUCGCCGUCUCCGAUCUCCGCAUUAAAUAUGAAUGGAGGAACGUCUACUGGGAGGGUGCACAAGGCGGAGACGGGCAGUAUUCAAAUACCCCAGAGAAAGACUGCCCCCAAGGAUGAUGAAUCCUUUACUUCCGGCUCAACUUCUUCGACCGAUAGUCAUAUGAAGAAGCGACUCAGCGUGGACAUGUCUAAAGAACAGGUGGAAGAUUUGGUGCGGAAGUUGACGAUUGAUGAGAUGAACAAGAAAUGGAUUGAUGAGAUCUUUGAGAAAGUCAAGUCUGAGCGUGAGUUGACCGCUUUCUAUGAUUUUGGUGGCAUUUCAUUAACUAGGUCUGCAGUCGUCGAAGAACAUUCACCAGCAAACAGUACACCCUCUUCCUCAGAACCUCCCAGUCCCAUGUCAAACCCUAUCAAACCCACCCCUUCUCAACAGCCGACUCCUCAAGAACCUGUUCGAGAAUCUACUCGGGAACCUACUCGGACACCUGCUCGAGAACCUGCUCGAGAGAACACAAAGAAACCUGAGCCAGAGACUUCUUCAUCCGAGUCCAGAAACAAACCCAAUGAUCCCGUAUCUUCCAAUCGCAACUCCCUCAAUACCAAUGAUAACCCUUCGACAUCCUAUGUCUCCGACUCUCCCUCGUCCAACCACUACAACACCCAGCAGCAGCAGCAGCAGCAGCAGCAGCAGUAUCCAUCACGACCAAAGUCGGUUCCGCUACCACCUCAAACUGCCACUUCGAAAGCUCGACCUUCUGUACGAUUCUCAAAUUCCCCCAUCAUCUUGAAUGAAGAGCCUGAGCCUGAGCCUCGGCACACGGCGCCGCCGCGUCCUGCAUCACGAUCAGCGAUCCCUUCUGAUCCGGCAAAACAGGGUCCCGCACUAUCCGCAGUAGACCUGAAAUGGGGACGGCUGUUUGAUGUUAGAGGCGAUCCCACUCCCAGACUUGGUCAGGUUCUCCGGGGAAUCGCCAAUUAUCUGAUUGUCGAAUACAGUCCUCGCAACUCACUAGUUGUCACGCCGGAAAAGCUCAAAGUAUUCUACCACGAAUACAAGCUCGACACAGAAACUUUCCCUUUCCAGCAAAUCUUUGACUGUCGACCACACGGCGCUCUAGACAACCUCGAAACCCUGUAUCAACAUCUACGAUGUGAGAACCACCUUGUUCAGAGACGACCAGGUGGUAUGCCUCACAUUCCAUCCCUAACCCCAGCCGGUUUCGAGCGUUGGAUGACUUGUCAGAUCCAAGCGUUCCCUGAGCAGGAAGCCAGACGAUUGAAUCUCAUCAUGGCUGAACUUCCCAUCAUCGCCGAUGGUUCUUUCGAAGACGGCAAGCCUGAACGACUACCGAAGCAGCUUUCUCGGCAUCUUCUUCCAGCGGCUCGCAAUCGCGAGGUAAAUGAUGUCGUGGUCGAUGCCAUUACUGGAUGGAUCAAGCGUACCGAGGAGAAUGAGUCUGAUCUCAGACGGACUUCAUCCGAGGAUGUUUACAAGUCUGCGCCGAAGGACGACAAGGGAGGACGGUACAGGUCGGAUGACUACCGGGAUCGGGAUCGGGAUACCAAAUAUCGACGAGGUUCCAAGGACAGCCACAAACCACCGUUAUCUCGCUCCGCCUUUGUUCCUCGGGUCAACUCAGACAGCAUCGUCCGCCCCAAAGACUCCUCUCCCAUACCCUCCGGUUCAAGUCACAGAUCCAGAAGUCCUAUCAUGUCCAACCGCUACCGCCAUUCCAACUCAUCACUGGAAGGCGGUGCCAACACAGCUGACAACUACGACUUGCCUUCCCCCAGCCAUCGAAACGGCGGUAGUCGACGCAACCGGGAUAAAGAGUAUCGAUACUCCUCCUCAGGUCGCGAUUCAAAGCCACCCCCGGAAUCAAUCCCUCGGACGCUACCUCGUAGAGAUGGUGACCGUGACCGACGCUCAAGCUUGAUCUUGGAAGAGACGGGCAAGGAUCCGAAUGGGAUGACUUAUGAUGAAUACAUGCGUUUGAAUCCACGACCGAUGCGUAAUGCUGUUGUGGAUGACGGAGGACAUUAUCGAACCCCUUACUCUAGCGGAAGCGAUGAACGAGCCCGUUAA